AUUUAACAUCGAGGGACUCUGUCACCUCUCUGUUUACAAAGACAGCUGCUCUUACCGGACUUACAGAUAAUAGCUGCGGUGUAGUUGCGGUGUGCAAUGGAGGAUGGGAAGCCUGUGUGGGCACCCCACCCAACCGACGGGUUCCAGCUGGGCAUGAUAGUGGACAUCGGUACGGAUGCGCUCACCAUAGAACCUCUCAAUCAGAGAGGAAAGACGUUCCUGGCUCCCAUCAAUCAAGUCUUUCCUGCUGAGGACGAUGUGAACAAACAUGUUGAAGACAACUGUUCUCUUAUGUAUUUAAAUGAGGCCACUCUUCUGAACAACAUCCGUGUCUGUUACAGCAAAGACUUGAUCUAUACGUCUGUGGCUAACAUCCUGAUUGCGGUGAACCCGUAUUUCGACAUCCCUAAACUCUACUCCCCAGAGACCAUUAAGAGCUAUCAGGGACGCUCUUUGGGGACACUUCCCCCUCAUGUCUAUGCUAUUGCGGACAAAGCCUAUAGAGACAUGAGAGUUCUGAAGAUGAGUCAGUCCAUCAUUGUGUCUGGUGAAUCUGGUGCUGGAAAAACAGAAAACACAAAAUUUGUUCUCAGGUAUUUAACCACAUCUUAUGGAACAUGUCAAGAUAUAGAUGAGAGGAUUGUUGAGGCCAACCCCUUGCUUGAAGCUUUUGGAAAUGCAAAGACGGUCAGGAACAACAACAGCAGCCGCUUUGGAAAGUUUGUGGAAAUUCACUUUAAUGAGAAGAAUGCAGUUGUGGGCGGAUUUGUCUCGCACUAUCUGCUGGAGAAGUCUCGGAUUUGCAUGCAGGGUGCAGAAGAGCGAAACUAUCAUAUAUUUUACAGACUUUGCGCAGGGGCAUCGGAGGACAUCAGGAACAUGCUUCAUCUCAACUCUCCGGACAACUUCCGGUAUUUGAAUCGCGGCUGCACCCGAUACUUUGCAAACAAGGACUCGGAUAAACAGAUCAUGCAAAACAGGAAAAGUCCAGAGCAUGGGAAGGUGGGUGCCCUGAAGGAUCCUUUACUGGAUGACCUGGGAGAUUUCAACAGAAUGGUGGUGGCCAUGAAGAAAAUCGGCCUGGAUGACACAGAGAAGCUCAAUCUCUUCAGAGUGGUGUCUGGCGUCCUUCAUCUCGGCAAUAUCGACUUUGAAGAGACAGGAAGCACCUCUGGUGGCUGCAUUCUGAAGAACCAGACCAGUCAGACUCUGGAAUACUGUGCCGAGCUCCUGGGCCUGGACGAGGACGACCUGAGAGUCAGCCUCACCACCAGGGUCAUGCUCACCACUGCAGGGGGCGCCAAAGGCACAGUCAUCAAGGUGCCUCUGAAGGUGGAACAGGCCAACAAUGCCCGUGAUGCCCUCGCCAAAGCCAUUUACAGCCGGCUCUUUGAUCAUGUGGUCAAACGGGUCAACCAGUGCUUCCCCUUUGAUACGUCCUCCAACUUCAUCGGUGUGCUGGACAUCGCUGGCUUCGAGUAUUUUGAGCACAACAGCUUCGAGCAGUUCUGCAUCAACUAUUGUAACGAAAAGCUGCAGCAGUUUUUUAAUGAACGCAUACUGAAAGCGGAGCAAGAGCUGUAUCAGAAAGAAGGCCUGGGAGUGAAUGAAGUUCAUUAUGUUGAUAAUCAGGACUGCAUAGAUCUGGUUGAGGCAAAGCUGGUGGGUAUCUUGGAUAUUCUGGAUGAGGAGAACCGUCUUCCCCAGGCCAGUGAUCAGCACUUUGCAGAGGCGGUUCACAGCAAGCACAAAGAUCACUUCCGUCUCACUGUGCCCAGGAAGUCAAAGCUUACAAUCCACCGGAAUUUGAGAGAUGAUGAAGGUUUCAUCAUAAGACAUUUUGCUGGCGCUGUGUGCUAUGAGACUACCCAGUUUGUGGAGAAGAAUAAUGACGCCCUCCACAUGUCUUUGGAGAGCCUGGUGUGCGAGUCGAAGGACAAGUUUGUCCGGGAUCUCUUUGAGAACAACUCCAAUUCCAAGGACUCAAAGCAAAAGGCUGGCAAACUCAGCUUUAUCAGUGUGGGAAACAAAUUCAAGACCCAACUGAACCUUCUACUGGAAAAGCUACGAAGUACGGGCUCUAGUUUUAUCCGUUGUGUGAAGCCUAAUCUGAAGAUGGUGAGCCACCAGUUUGAAGGAGCUCAGAUUCUGUCUCAGCUUCAAUGCUCAGGCAUGGUAUCAGUGCUGGACCUGAUGCAGGGUGGCUUCCCCUCCCGAGCUCCGUUUCAUGAGCUUUACAACAUGUACAAGCAGUACAUGCCCAACAAGCUCACAAGGCUUGAUCCUCGACUUUUUUGCAAAGCUCUGUUUAAAGCACUUGGCCUCAACGAGAACGAUUACAAGUUUGGCUUGACCAGGGUUUUCUUCCGCCCCGGGAAGUUUGCAGAGUUUGACCAGAUCAUGAAGUCUGAUCCGGAGCACCUGGCCGAGCUUGUAAAACGGGUCAAUAAGUGGCUGGUGUGCAGCCGCUGGAAAAAGGUCCAGUGGUGCACACUGUCAGUUAUUAAAUUGAGGAACAAAAUGAGCUUCAGGGCCAGUGCCUGCAUCAAGAUUCAGAAGGCUGUUCGCAUGUGGCUAUGCAAAAGAAGACACAAGCCUCGCAUUGAUGGCAUGGUGAAGGUGAAAAAUUUGAGGAAGAGGAUGGAGAAAUUCAACGAAGCUGUAAAUGGACUCAAAGAGGGAAAACAGGAAAUGAGCAAACAGGUCGAGGAACUGGCCGCCUCCACCGACGCCCUCAUGGCCAAGAUCAAGUCUACGGUGAUGAGCCGCAAGGAGAUCGAGCAGGAGUAUGAGGGCCUGGUGAAGCGCUCGGAGCAACUCCUCUCCUCAAUGCAGGAGCAGGAGGAGACGGAGAGACUCAAGCGCAUCCAGGAGGAGAUGGAGAGAGAACGAAAAAGACACGAAGAAGAGGAGCAGUUACGCAAACAGGAGGAAGAAGACCGCCGCAUGAAAGCCGAGAUGGAGCAGAAGAGAAAACAGGAGGAAGAGGAGAGAAAGAAAAGAGAAGAGGAAGAGCGAGUCAUGCAGGCUGAACUUCAGAUGCAGCUGGCAUUGGAGCGGGAGGAAGAGACUCAGAGACAGACCAUGUUGGAGCAGGAGAGGAGGGACAGAGAGUUGGCCAUGAGGAUCGCUCUGAGCGAGGCAGAACUCAUCCAGGAUGAAGCUCAAAUGGACCCCAGCUUGCGCAGUUAUGGUACCACAGGUGUUUGGUUCUUCACAGAGAUGGGUGCGCAGGUGCAGGCCAACAAGGUGGCAGCUGGGGUGAAGAAGUACGACCUGAGCAAGUGGAAGUACGCUGAGCUGCGAGACGCCAUCAACACCUCCUGUGAUAUAGAGAUGCUGGCAGCAUGCCGAGAAGAAUUUCAUCGUCGCCUGAAGGUGUACCAUGGCUGGAAAUCAAAGAACAAGAAGCGAAAUACAGACACAGAGAUGAGGGCUCCCAAAUCAGUCACUGACUAUGCCCAACAGAACCCCGCUCCACCCGUCCCAGCCCGGCAGCAAGAGAUUGCAAUGAACCGACAGCAACGUUACUUCCGCAUUCCCUUCAUACGCCCUGCGGACCAGUACAAAGACCCUCAGAACAAGAAAAAAGGCUGGUGGUACGCUCACUUUGAUGGGCCCUGGAUUGCCAGGCAGAUGGAGCUUCAUCCAGACAAGCAGCCAAUCCUCUUGGUAGCAGGUAAGGACGACAUGGAGAUGUGUGAGCUGAGUCUGGAGGAGACCGGGCUCACGCGAAAACGUGGAGCGGAGAUCCUCCCGCGCCAGUUUGAGGAGAUCUGGGAGCGCUGUGGCGGAAUCCAAUACCUGAGGAACGCCAUCGAAAGCAAGCAGGCCCGACCCACCUACGCGACCGCCAUGCUCCAGAACCUUCUCAAGUGAACAUCCACCGUUCCUCCUCUUGGUUUACAUUAUCUAUGCACAUGUAGAUGUAGACGGUAAAGUGGGGUAGCUAAAACAAAGGGCUGUACAACUCUAAUGGAAGCAAUUUCUGUCUAAUUAACUUUUUGUUUGUAGUUUGUUCUUCGUUUUGCUGUGAACUUAGAAAUCAGUCUUCAUACAAAUCUGAGCCUUGGUUGAACCUGUUGCUCAGAGAUGCCUUAAGAUUUUCAGACCUAAUUCAUAUUUCAAAGGGAUGUUAUUGAAAUAUCACACUCAUGAAUCUAAAAUACACUAGGUGUAAUCUUUCUAAAAUGCCAUAUUUCAGUAAAACUCUUUCAGUCACAUUACUGGUAAAGGUGAGGUGUGUUAUUUGUUGCGUGUUAAAACGCGAUAGCGUAAGUCAUUCUCCUAAAAAUGGUGUUUUAAAAUUCUCAAUGUUCAUUUAAGCAUCCUGACCAGCCCGAGCAACAUUGGCUGGACUAUCUGUUUAUUUAACAAAAAAAAUUUACUUUUUUUUUUUUUUGCAGUUCCAUCAGCUAGUGGUGCAGAAAUGACACACUUCAACUUUCAAAAUAAAAUUCUCUUAUAAGACUUAAAUGGUUAUUAUUGUGGAGAAACACUUCAUAUUUGAAUACAUUGAAUAACUAGUCAAAGUAUCCUUAAUCUAAUCAGAUGAUGGUAAAGGCUAAUGAGGAUCAUGCACUGGAAUACAUUAGGUUGUAAUAUUUUGUCUCACCUUUGUAAAUGUGGUGGUUUCCAAGAAAUGCACCAUCUGAAAUUGCCUUUACAUAUAUUUGAUAAAGAAUUUUAUAGAUGCACUUAAAAGCAGCUUUAGUUCAUAAAAAAGGAUAGUCACUGCUGUCGUGUAUGGUUUUGCGCAGCAAUUUUGUACUUAAAUCAUGGGGAUAUGCUAAAGGGCAUAUUCAUUUCUGUUCAGUGAAGUGAUAAUGGCACCUUUGUUAAUGAUUUGCUGUGAAUUCUGUCGGCGUGUGUGGUAGAUUUCUCUCAUUUAUUUAUGUACCAACUCAAGAAAAUAUUACGUUUAAAUGAACUUGUGCUCUGGAGUGUCUCGUUAUGCGCUUCUCUGGCCCUUUCUUAUCUCAUUUGGUUAUAAUAACUGCCUGAAGAACAGAAGUAAUGGAAACAGCAAUGACAUUCGGCAAACUUGGCACUGCAUUUGAUCAAUUUGCUGUCAUUAUCCAGACUUUGUUUAUUCAUAUGCUAAUGUUUUUCUCCAUUAAGCCCUUUCCAAAGAUAGUCAUCUUAAACUAUCAGUUUAUGCAUAGUAUAAUUUGUUAAUUAUUUGUUUCUUGUCUGUCAGUUUAUCUUUUAAUGUGUCUGGGUUAAAUAUACUCUGAUUUUCUUAUUUUUGACUGGCCACUGUUGCUCUGAUCACUUUGCUAGACCAAAAUAAACACAUUCCAUAUGAAAUCUGGGUUAUGUUUA